AUGUUUGCCGUUUCGCGUGGCCAUACGCGUAGGCUUUUUGAUUCCUUUCUGCUACUUAAACCCAUGAGGUGCACUAGGACACGAUGCCUUCACAACAGUCCUCUCUUGUUUAGCGCAAAAAAAGUUUCGAACUUAUUAAAAGAUGGUAAAAAGAUUCCAACUAAGACCUCAAGUCCGGCUAGCUCGCUGCGUACUGGAUCCUCGCGCAACAGACAAAUUCUUAAUGAUUUACCAACGUCUUUGACCAGCACCUACCAAACCUAUGAAUCAGUACUCGCAAAAAAAACAUAUCCAACUCUCCUUUACAUCGCUCCUUCUUCAAUUGUAUAUCAUGUUACAUCAUAUACAGCCGCUACCUUUUGUUUUUCCUACGGUAUUUUGAGUUACUGGAAUAAUUAUCUUUGUGCGCCUCCCGAUAUCGCUAUUUGGAUACCUUACGCCUUUGGUGGGGUAUCACUAGCCAUGAUUCUUUUUGGUAUCAGAUUUCUCCGCAACCCAUUAAGGAUCAUACGUAGUAUUACUGCUGUACCAGGCCUAGUCGACCACAAGCCAAUUUUACAGAUAGAGAUUCUACUAAAGAAGUCUUUUCCGAUACCCUUCCUCCCGGCUCGCGUGUUAAUAGUUAAACCCCACGAAAUUUGCAUACCCACGCCGCUUGUUUCACGUGUCAGCGCAGAAAUAUCGCAAUCAGAGCUACGGCGACAGAAGCUUGAAGAACAGCUACGCAAGCAGCGUGAACUUGAGUACGAACGCUCUCAUAUCAUGUCUGCAGGAAUCCGGCAUAUGAGUCGUGCUCUGAGCAAAGGGUGCUUUUGUAUCUUUAGAGCAACGCAGAGAUCUUUCACUCAGAGCAAUUUCCUUGAAAUAAAGAUCAGAGGUAAGAUAUACAAGCUGGAUCUUGAGGGUGGAUGGGGACUUGAUGGAGGAAGAGCGAUUGAACGUCUUGUAAACUUGGAACCGAAUUCAAAUUCCAGCUUGGUUUCUAAGCUAAUCCGUUAG